UUUUAAAUCAUCGAAUCCUUUAUUGGUUUCGUUUGUUUCAUCUCGAUUGUGAAUUGAGAAAUGGUGAUUCGAGAUCUAUGUCGGGUUAUACGUUUUCAUUGCGAUCAAAUUUGGGAAUGUCAAGAAAUCAGAUCGGGCACAUCAAGAAAAAUGGAAGAAGAGUAUGAGAGUCGUCGAGUGAGGAGAUGGGAAGAGUUGGACACUGACAUAUUAGUGAGGAUUUUCCAGAAAUUUAGCGUCUUUGAGUUGACUUCUGGAUUAGCUCAUGUUUGUAGAGGAUGGAGAGCUGCUUGCUGUGAUCCGAUCCUGUGGAAGACGCUUGAUUUGUCCCACAUGAGAUCUAGUUUCAUCAAGAUCCCACUAGAGCCUUAUGUCUAUGUGGAACGCAGAUCUGAUGAGGCCCUGACCAGGAUCCUGAAACUUUCCAUGAACCUUAGCGGAGGAAACACAAGGACCUUGAUCUUCCAUUUCAACUUGUUCUUGAGUGAUGAUCAGCUUACUUACACUGCAGAAAGAUGUCCAGGAUUGAGACGAGUUGUCUUACCGGCUUGGAACAGAAUAAAGAAGACCGGUAUAUGCAAAGCAAUAAGAAUCUGGAAAGAUCUCGAGUCACUAACAAUGCCAAGCAUCGCAAACCCUCCUUACCUCUUGACAGAAAUCGCCAAGAACUGCAAGAAUUUCAAAGAGCUCAAGAUCAUGGGUCCAUUCGAGAUCUUCUUUGCAAACACGCUCAUCACUUGUCUCCCAAACCUCAAAACCCUUAGCCUUAGAUGCUCUGCGAUAAAACGUGAAGCGCUGAUGAAAAUCCUUGAUGGAUUGCCGGAUCUUGAAGUGCUUAACAUCUCGCACUCUCACCUCGUGGAGUAUAGCGGGUGGCAACCACAGCAGAAAGUGAUUGUUAGAGAGCUUGAUAAGACGAUAAUGGAGAAAGCUUCGAGGCUGAAGAGGUUCUUGACAUGUAUGGAGCAUAAGACUUGUGUGAUGUGUCAGAGGACUGAGAAUGAUGAAGGGAUUGUGAGAUGGUACAAGUAUGAAGAAGGAGAGUGGAAGGUUGAUGAAGUGAGCUCUCUUCAUCUUUGAUGUUUUUUUUUAAAUAAUUUUAUCUGUGAGGACUUUAUCUUCUUCUUUAAUAUUUGAGUUGUUUUGGUUUCAACGUUUUAUUGUGUGUAUAUAAAUGUAGGCAAUGCCAAUGUUUGUAAGUAGUGAUCAACUCUAGA